GAUUACGGCAGGAGAGCCGAUCGAAUCGCUUGCGUUACAUAGGCUUGAGCUAUGGUUUCGUUUGGUAUCCUGACAAGAGGGGACUCAACGCUUUAGAAUUUUAAAAGAGCAUAUUUCUCCUACUUGGGGAGUGAAGCUUUCUGUGGGUACCUGAAAAAUCCAUCGACACGUGUUUUCUGUCUGACUUGCUUUUUUGGAACUGGUGAAUAUGUAAACGGGCACGCAACGUGUUGACGAGGAGGGGACACUGAUAAGCGGUGGUAAAGGAAGCAGAAGGUUAAUAUUAUUUCCCUACCUUCAAAGAAAGGGGAGAACAAACUUUCGCUGUAGCAGCUGGAAACAGACUACCCGAAAAUGUUACACCUUCUCAACCGAUAUUAUUUCCAAGGUUCUUCCAAGAUGGCAUAUCUUCAAAUAUUUCUGCAACCCAGGAGUAGGGCAGCCUGCUCUUUUAUUCCUUUACAAGGAAUUGUUACUGGCCUACCAAAACCACAGCUGUUCAGGCAUACGUCUGCUGGCUUAAUUAAGGCCCAGGGCUUCCAUUCUUCCCGCUGCAACUGGAAGAAAAAGAAACCUCCAGAACCUGCACCCCGACAGCUGGGCUUGUUGCGAUAUGACAUGGAGUCACUCAAGUUCUCUCCAAAGCCUGCCCUCUACUUGAGUGUGGCAGGAUUAAUUCCAUUUGUUUCAAUACCAUUGCUAAUGGCUAUCCAGGAGACCUCCUACCCAGAGUUGGUAUUUGCUCAAAUUGCAUAUGGUGCCUCUAUUGUGUCCUUCCUCGGUGGGAUCAGAUGGGGAUUUGCUCUUCCAGAAGGCAGCCCGGCCAAACCUGAUUGGAUUAAUUUAGCAAACAGCAUUGUUCCUCCAGUACUAGCCUGGAUUGCUCUGCUUUGCAAGGAUUCAUCAAUGGAAGCCGGAAUCCUAGUUAUCAUGGGACUAGGGAUAGCCCUACAUUAUGACCUUGCCCUCCUUCCCACUUAUCCCAGUUGGUUUAAAGCCUUGAGGGCAAUUGUAACGUUAGUGGCUGUUGGUUCUCUGGUCGCCACAUUAUGUAUUGUAAACAUUUACCCAGAGAAGCAUUUAGCUCCUGCUACAAAUAAAGUGGAAGAGUGAAAAUAAACUAAUAGAAAAUGCCAUAUCCCAAGAUAACAAUGUUUAUAAGGCUGUGUAAGAACAUACUGCUACCCCUUGUAUGAAAAUGUCUGUGACAGAAGACUAGCAUGGUUGAAUUCUGUUUGUGAGCUAUACUCAAAGAUCAGAAAACUGAGUGGGAGCAUAGGUCCUAAAGGCUUAAGAGGAACUUUGGCAAUAUGAGUGAGCCACAAUCUUGCCAUGUUUCUGCUGAAACAUGCAACAUUUAUGUAUAUUCUGCACACAUAGAUGAGUGAGCUUCUGCUGUGAGAGACAACUCUGUUCUUACUGUAUGAAAAUAUACACAAGUAACUCUUUGCAUGUUAUUCCAGAAAUGCAAUUUGCUCAAACUUGCUUUUUGUCCACUUCCUCAUAAUGAACAAUGCUGCUCUAAAAUAUGAAUACAUAUUCUACAAGCUCUUCACUUGUUAUGUUUUUUAAAGUAAAAAAAAUGUAUAUAU